AGCUGCGAGAUUACUGGGACGCCCUGCCGAAACAACACAGGCAGCAGGACAGAUCGCUGGACAACACAGUAUUGCAUGUUUUGAUUUUAUGAAAGGAUUAUUUAACAGUGCAUCUAUUAAAACAGUGUUUGAAUAGUUUACAAACAGAGCGACACUGUUAGUUUAAAACGCGUGUUAGACGAUGUGACAGUAAUGAUUACGAGUCCUUGUUAGCAACAGUUAGCAAGGUGUCAGACGCUAGCUCUUGUAACGUUAGCCCACAUAAGAGGAAACCCGGCAGAUAAUAACAAAACAAGUUUAAGAUAAGCUUUUUGGUUGACCACCCUCAUAACGAUCAGCAAUUUAACAUACAUGUGGGAAAGGUGUUAGUCAACAAGGCGAAGUCCAAUGUUUUUUUAUGCAUCAGCAACAUUGUGUGGUUGAAAUUCAAGCAAGCGUCCAGUUAGCUUAGCUGCUCCGUGAAACGUCAACAUCCACCAAACUGGACAAAACUUUGGAUUUAGUCGGUUAUAAAUCGGGCUCGGCGGGUUCGCUGACCCCUCAGAAGAAGAUGAAGAAGAGGAAGGAGUUGAAUGCCCUGAUCGGACUCGGGGACAGUAAGAGAAAGAAGACCAAAAAGGGGUCGGGUCACCGGCUCCUGCGAACCGAGCCCCCGGACUCUGAGUCCGAGUCGAGCUCGGACGACGACGAGUUCAACAACCUGAGCAGCGGAGCUAACUUUGGGAAGAGAAGUUACACGCAGUGCUGCAAUGUGUGCUACCCGUUGUUUCUGUUCAUCAUCCUAGCUGCCUGUGUUAUGGCCUGUGCUGGGCUCAUUUGGAUGCAGAUUGCUCUGAAAGAAGAUCUAGAUGCACUAAAGGAAAAGCUGCAUAGCAUGGAGUCAAGCCAAAAGGUGUCAUCAAGUGAAAUACCAAAACUAAGUGAAGACCUGAAAAACAAGGAGAGAAAGCUCGAUGACAUGGAGACUGGGGACAAGGGGUUGAACAAGCUCUGGUCCAACCUAACAGAAAUGAACAGAAAGAUCAGUUUGCUGGACUCGGCUGUGAACCAUUUAAAGGCCAACUUGAAAUCAGCUGCUGAUUUAAUCAGCCUUCCUAAUACAGUGGAAGAGCUUCAAAAGAGUGUUGCUACGAUUGGCAGCACACUAACAAGUGUACAGCAUGAUGUGAAGACCAUGCAGGCUGCUCUGGAAAAGAAAGACGAAGACUUGAAGAAGACAAUGGACAUUUCCGAUCUUAAAACUGCAGUAAGUGAGGCAAAUAAGACGGAGGAGCUACACCACACGCAGACUAAUGAGCAGAUCCAAACCCUCCUCACUACGGUUGCAGAACUCCGCCAGAGAGUGUCGUCAUUAGAGAACGGGUCAAAGCAAAGCGACCUUAAAGCAGCAGCCAAAUUGGCAAUCAACAAUGGAAGUCCAGGAAUCCAGCAGGUGAAUGAAGCUACAACAACCAAAGCAACUCCCGGGAACAUACAAGAGAAUUCCACACCACUUGCAGGGCCUCAGACGAGCAGACUUCCACGCUUCUUAACUCCACAGCGGUAUAAGAUCAAUACUGAGACCGCAUGCCCGGAGAGAGUGCUCCUGCCUGGUGUCAGUUCUAUGAAAGAAUUGGAAGAAAAACUCCGGCAGGCUGGCGUUGACGAAAACUCGCCUGGAUUGACCUACCAAGACUUGAGAAAAGUAUUUGGAACAUCAACUCCCAGUGCUCGCACCAUGCAGUGUUUUGACAAUGACACGGACCAGAGAUACUCCGUGAAGGAGCUGGGAGCUGCCGUAGGUUUGUGAGCACAUUAUCACUGACAGCAGUGAACAGUAUUGAAAGACCCAGCCGGGUUUGUGGGCUUGGAGAUCCCGACCCUUUUCUGUAAUUGCUGCACUUUUGUGAACUGAAUAUAUUUAUCAUACUGAUUGCGGAACAGUGGCGCUGGCAUGCCCCCCCCCCAUUCACUUCUUCUCCCCAAUCCUUUUCAGUUCAACCUUUUAUGCUUUAAUUUAGAAAUUAACCCAUAUAAGUAUCUGUAUGCAAAAAUCCAUCUCUUAUUUUAGCAAAGGUUCCAUGGUUAGCAACUACUAAAAGCAUGCUAAUUAGUCUUGUGAGUACUUUGAACCCUGAUUUCUGCCUUUAUUUCCUGGACUUGUUUUUGUGAACCUUUUUGUUUGUGUUUAUAUUUUCCCCAACCAGUUUCUCAUCCUCACGUAGCAUUUCUGUUACUCCGCUUUCUUGGGGUUGUUUUCUGUCCGUUCUUCUGCAGAUUGCCCUAACCAUCAACACACCUGAACUUAAUGUAUAGAAACCUAGAUUGCAUUUUAUGAAUGUUAACAGAUGACUUCUAGAAGCAGACAUUUUGUGAGUCUUUUAUGUUGUUUUUUAGACAGAUUCCUACAUAACUGAAAAAACGAUGGAGCAUAAAUAUGGACUUGUGUGCUCUUUUCUUAGCUAACAAUAAUUGAGAUUUAUUUCUGUGUAGUGUUUCUUUAUUUUAUUUCCGUAUCUCUUCAGUUAGUUGCUACUUUUGGAUUUGGAUUGUGUGUUUGGUCAACUGUACAUUUGUCUUGUUUGGUUUUUUUUUCUUGCAGUUUUACAAGUUCUGAAGGGCUAUGAACACUUAUCAAUCAUUCAGAAAGAUUUUUGAAGUGGUCACUCAUGAGGCAUAUGUAGCAAUAACAACAUUCCAUUGCUAUUGCUUGUUCAAAGUUGCAGUAGAUAGGAAGUUCACCCGGCUCACAAAGUGUAACAGGUAGUAUAAAACGCACUGACCAUCACUCCUUACUGGAUUCUUUUUAUUCUGUUUGUGGGCCUAAUAAAAGGUGUACUUCCUUUCAAUAAAAUAUUCUCAACCAUU